UCUCCCCCCCCCCACCGCGCGGAGAAGCGAGAGAGGAGCGACUCUUCGAAGAUAUGGCGUGGUAGCUCGGGAGUUUGUGCGUUUCCUUCUUCGAAGUCAAACUUGAGUCGCUGGUGCUUCACUUUCUCUACGAUUACGAGACUGUGUACGCGAGGAGAGAGAGAGAGAGAGAGAGAGAGAACGCAGCUGUUUUGAUGUGAUGCAGGUUUGUGUUGAGGUCGAGCCGCCGCCGCCGCCGCAGCUUUGGGUGUAAACUUGUGUCUUCACGAAGUGUGAACACAGGGCUGCGCCUCUGCCGCCGCUGCCGCUGCCAUGGGAAGACUCCUCUGAAGCCCCUUUGCUGGCGGAAACCCCACACAGAAGCGAGGUCACAGCAGCCCCACAACAACAACAACGACAACAGCAACAACAACAGCAACAAAAACCUUUUUGUCCUUUUUUUCUGAAGCUGUCAGUCUGUUACUUGGAUGGAGACAAAUCUGUUUCUGCCACCGGAGCGACAGAGGAUUCACCGUGGUCACGCGCGGAGGACGUGUCCGAGUCUCCUUGGUUGAAAUGGUCGGCGGACUGUAUUCAAAUAGCUCUUUGCUGGUGUUAUCGACCACCCACAGCGCUUUGCAGUACAAGUCACGUUCACCCUCUCACACACACGCAUUUGUACGGCGCCUCUCCAUACGCGGUGCUUUUUCCAUCACACAUCAUUCAUACAUUGCCGUCUGGGGCAAUUUAGGUGUCUUGCCCAAGGACACUACAGCAGGAGGAUCGAACCAUCAACCGUUUGUUCAGCGGAUGACUUGCUCUCCCUCCCCAGUGUGACUGAGCAGCUUCAAAAAGUCCUGAAACUCUUCAGCCUGUUUGGUUGAAGGAAUCCUGCCACGACACACCACUCGAGGUCUCCACCUGUGGCCCUGUGCCACGAAGCCCUGAGAAACAGCUCCGCUCUGUUCCUCUUUGGCCUGGCAGCACCGGCUUGGCGGGAAGCGCAGGAUGGUCAAUCCAGCCACCGCGGUGGUCCGCUGACAACCAUCCCCUCUCACCUCUCCUCCCCCCGAGGAGGCUGCCUGCACCACCAGCAGCCCCAACGAUGAGCUCUCACAGUCGACCAGGUGGCAUGAGCAGCAAGGAUCAGCCUCUGGAACUCCUCAAACCCACUGCACUCAACCAUUUCGUGGACGUGAGCACCGCAGCACUGCCCACGCAGGUCCCCCCCGCCACCACAACCAUCCUUCCCAUGGACCUGCGCGUAGUCGACCACCCUCACCACCACCACCACCACCACCACCACCACCAGCAGCCCCCCUUCGGCCUGGUUCCCCAAACCCACCCCGUACCAGGUCCUGCAUCGGCCGAGCCGGGCCGCGGGCCAGUCGUCAACCACCAGGAGCAGCAGCUGCAGCAGGAGCUUGUGUCUCUCAAACACAAGCAGCAACUGCAGAGGCAGCUCCUGAUUGCGGAGUUCCAGCGGCAGCAUGAACAGCUGUCGCGACAACAUGAAGUCCAGCUGCAGGAACACAUCAAGCACCAACAGGAUUUGCUGGCCCUCAAGCACCAACAGGAGCUGUUGGAGCACCAGAGGAAGAUGGAGCAGCAACGUCACGAGCAGCAGCUGGAGAAGCAGCAGCGGGAACACAAACUCCAGCUGAUCAAAAACAAGGAGAGGGGACAGGAGAGUGCAGUCGCCAGUACAGAGGUAAAGAUGCGACUUCAGGAGUUUGUCCUGAACAAGAAGAAAGCCCUGGCUCAGCGAAAUCUAAACCACUGUCUGCCCAGCGACCCGCGCUUCUGGUAUGGAAAAACCCAGCACAGCUCUUUGGACCAGAGCUCUCCUCCCCAGACGGCAUUGUCAGCGUACAACCACCCGAUGCUCGGCACAUACGACUCAAAAGAUGACUUCCCUCUCCGCAAAACAGCCUCUGAGCCCAACCUCAAGCUUCGUUCCAGGCUAAAGCAGAAGGUGACGGAGCGCCGCAGCAGCCCUCUGCUCCGCAGGAAAGACGGUCCCAUCACCACUGCCAAGAAGCGUUCCCUAGACGUGGCCGAGUCCGCAUGCAACAGUGCGCCGGGCUCAGGUCCCAGCUCGCCCAACAACAGCUCCAGCAACAUCCCCAGUGAGAACGGGGUCAUCAUGUCCAGCAGCCCAGGAGAGGCGUCCCUGCUUCAGAGACUGGCUGCAAGGGAAGGUUCAAUUAGCCAGCUCUCUCUGUACACCUCUCCUUCUCUGCCCAACAUCACCCUGGGACUGCCGGCCACAGGCCUUGCUAACUCUGUGGUGCCGGGACACCAAGAUGGCGAAAGUCGACUGCCUGCGUUACAGCAGGGCAUUCCUCUGACCCCUCCUUUCCUGCCCGCUGCCCACCUGCCCUCCUACUUGGCAUCUUCAGCGCUGGACAGGGAGGGGGCCGGAGGGGGCACAGCUGGUCACAACACCCUCCUCCAACACAUGGUGUUGCUGGAGCAGAGCCAUAAUCCAGUGGUUGGUCUUGGUGGCCUUCCGCUACCGUCGCCCGCUGUCUCCAAGCUUGCGCGGGGCCACCGUCCCCUGGGGAGAACCCAGUCGGCCCCCCUGCCCCAGCAGCAGUGUGGACAGGCCCAGGCCCUGCAGCAGCUGGUGGUCCAGCAGCAGCACCAGCAGUUCCUGGAGAAACACAAACAACUGUUCCAGCAGCAGCAGCAGCAGCACAUCAUCAACAAGAUAAUUUCCAAGCCUGGCGAUCAGGUCUCAGCCGCGGGCUCCAGCGCCUCAGGGCCGGCCCGGCAGCAUCAGAGUCACCCGGAGGAGACGGAGGAGGAACUCAGGGAGCACCAGGGGCUGUCCUCCUCGUCCUCCUCGUCCUCCUCUACCUCUGUGCAGGAGACGCUGCGGGGGCUGGUCAUCAAGCAGGAGCCCCCAGACCUCCAGGAGCAGGAAGAGAUGGAGCAGAGGGAGCGACAGGCUGAGCAGGAUUUCUUGUUCAGACAGCAGGCUCUGCUGUUGGAGCAGCAGCGGAUCCACCAGUUAAGGAACUACCAAGCCUCCAUGGAAGCAGCCGGGUUGUCAGUCAGCUUUGCCGGACACCGUCCCCUCUCCAGGGCUCAGUCGUCUCCAGCCUCGGCCUCCUUCCCCAUGGCAGUACAGGAGCCGGCUGCCAAGCCCCGGUUUACUACAGGUCUGGUAUAUGACUCCUUGAUGCAGAAGCACCAGUGCAUGUGCGGAAACACCACCAGUCAUCCAGAGCAUGCUGGGCGCAUCCAGAGUAUCUGGUCCCGACUGCAGGAAACGGGCCUCAGGGCGCACUGCGAGUGCAUCCGUGGUAGGAAGGCCUCGUUGGAGGAGUUACAGACGGUCCACUCUGAGGCCCACGUCUUGCUCUACGGAACCAACCCACUGCGGCAGAAACUCGACUGUUCCGUGAGUCCCCUGUUUGUGAGGUUACCGUGUGGAGGCAUUGGGGUGGACAGCGACACCAUUUGGAAUGAGGUCCACUCAUCCAGUGCAGCUCGUCUGGCUGUCGGCUCGGUGGUGGAGCUGGUCUUCAAAGUGGCAUCGGGCGAACUGAAGAAUGGUUUUGCUGUUGUCCGUCCACCUGGACACCACGCUGAGGAGAGCACACCUAUGGGGUUUUGUUACUUCAAUUCAGUUGCCAUUGCAGCCAAGCUCCUGCAGCAGAGGCUCAAUGUCAGUAAAAUCCUCAUCGUGGACUGGGACGUUCACCAUGGGAAUGGCACCCAGCAGGCCUUCUACUCUGACCCCAGCGUUCUUUACCUGUCGCUGCAUCGCUACGAUGAUGGAAACUACUUCCCCGGCAGCGGAGCGCCUGACGAGGUGGGCAGCGGAGCAGGUGUAGGCUUCAACGUGAACAUGGCCUUCACUGGAGGACUGGAACCCCCCAUGAGUGACGCAGAUUAUCUCGCUGCAUUCAGGACGGUGGUUAUGCCUAUUGCCAAUGAGUUUGCUCCAGACGUGGUUCUGGUGUCUUCAGGCUUUGAUGCGGUGGAUGGACAUGCUCCACCCCUGGGAGGAUACAAACUGACAGCCAAAUGCUUUGGCUACCUGACCAGGCAGCUGAUGGGUCUGGCAGGCGGUCGGCUGGUGCUUGCCCUGGAGGGAGGUCACGACCUCACAGCCAUAUGUGAUGCCUCCGAAGCCUGCGUGUCUGCUCUGCUUGGCAAUGAGUUGGACCCCAUUCCUGACGAGGUGCUGCAGCAGAGACCAAACGCCAACGCUGUCCACUCUAUGGAGACGGUUAUCGAAGCGCACAGUAAAUAUUGGCGCUCGCUGGAACGCUCCUCCUCCACGCUCGGCUGCUCGCUGAGCGAAGCCCUCCGACGCGACGCAGACGAGGCCGAGACCGUCUCCGCCAUGGCGUCGUUGUCUGUUGCCAACAAACAUAUCGGAAAGAGGGCUGAAGAGGAACCAAUGGAAGAGGAAGUUCCUAUGUAAAAGAAUCACGCCUCGCCUUUACCACUCAGACUUUAUCUUUGAUAAGUGUCCUCCACCAAUCCAAAUUCAAUUUAAACGCCACUCCCGUGUCUCACCCCUGCCAUGUCAAGAUAUGGCGCCUUUUCCCCCCGGGAGAGCACGAGCAGAGCCGACAAAAGUGGCGAUCAAAUGGAAACGGGAACACUGAGGACGAGCGAUGCAGUCGCCGGUCAGCGGCGCACAGACUGAUCAGCGUGGACGCGUCGCAGCGUCUUCGCCUCAGACAUAAGAGGGCCGACUCCGCGAUCCUGCGGCGGCAGCCUUGAGUGCCAGUGCUUUUUAAAACACUAUACAGAUUAACUUUUUCAAUGCCAGUCGGAGCCGCGCGCAGACGAUCUGCAGUCGUCGGCCUCUCUCUAUAUUAUCCAGUUUUUUUCUGCGCUUUAUCGCCAUUUUUCUCACUUUAGUCAAGGACCACCGGAGCCAAUGUGAUUGUGACUCCGCGCUGAGGACGCAUCGUUCCUGCUCUUGUCAGAUAUGGCCGGACGCAAAAGGGACGACGUGGAUGAAUUCCUCGCUACUUUCCGGGGGUGCCUGGGGGAAUCACAGACGAGGACUGUCAGCGGGGAGUUCUGAUUUCAAAAAAGGAUUGACGGUGAAAGACUGUGCGCUCGUGCCUUUUUAAAAAGAGAGAGAGAAAAAAACUCGGUGGAUUUUCUGUCGAGCUUAGCCUUAAAAAAAAAAUAAAAAAAACAGGUUAGGGACUGAACCUGCUUCCCCCCGACCCCUUACACAUUUCUAUCCUGGAAAGUCAUCCUCAUGCCUGCAUGUUGUUGGCACAUAGACCGGAGGAACUUGGCAUGUUUACCUGUAACUCCCUGCGACCAGCCUAUUGUCUCUCCCUACGCCUCCACCUUCCCCCCCACCCCCUUCUUCAUUUUCGAUCUUACCUUGGAAGGUAGUUCCCAGCCACGAGUUGGAGUUGGUUCAGCUAAAGAGCAGGUUACAGUAUUACUCGCUGUGUAACAUGUAUCACAUAGGCAUCAGUUCUCCUCCGAUGCGUAGCACGCACUGUACUAGAGCAACGAGACUCGUGAAGACUAAAACGCUUGUUCGUGCUAGUCGGUAGUUAGUCAGUAGUGAAGCCGAAGCAUGAUGGACGAUCGUCGCUGCAGAGUCAAACCACUUCACAGUCACAGAGAAUACAGCACAUUUACAUCCGCCUCGCUUUUUGCAGAUUGAUGAGGGACAGAGCGUACAAAAAAAAAAAACUGUGUCUCCGUAGUAACAAGGACCAUACCACCUGGGAUUUUCCAGAGGGGGGUGUUCCAGGGCCGCACACACACACAGAUGGUUUCACAUCUUAUGCCCCUUGUUAAGCACAUCUGCUCCCCAAAUGUCAGGUGCUGCGAAGGCAGGUGUGUGUGUGUGUGUGUGUGUGUGUGUGUGUGCGUGCGUGUGCGUGCGUGUGUGUGUGUGUGUGUGUGUGUGUGUGUGUGUGUGUGUGUGUGUGUGUGUGUGUGUGUGUGUGUGUGUGUGUGUGUGUGUGUGUGUGUGUGUGUGUGUGUGUGUGUGUGUGUGUGGGGACAUCUGUUCAUGUACAGUGAAGCACAAGCAGCUCUUUCUAAAUCUUGAAGUGUUCACACAUAUUUUUGUAGUUCAUUUUUUUUUCUUUUUUGGAAAGGCCACGUACAAACAGUAUCCUGGAAAACUCAGCACACGUCUCUGAGGUUGUCCCUCUUGAUGAAUCCUCCUCUAGGUUUGGGUUUAAAGAAUAACUCAUAGGCCUAUAUUUAAAGUAAAUACCGUAUCCAAUCUGCCUUACAAAUCUAAAUAAUUUGGAAUGAGUAAAGAAAAAAGAAGAUUUUAAUAUUUAAGAAGAAUGAGGUUAGAGUUUCCAUUAUACUCGGUUCUUAUUGAAUUUGGUUUCUAUGAGUGCCCAUCCCGAUUACACAAGACACCAGCCACCUUUUAUGAUUCUUUUAACCUUUUAGAAAACUCACCUGUCCUACACCACCUGUUGUGGCCAGUGUGCAGUUAUUCCCUUCCCCUUCAGUGACCGUCCUUCCGACGGGUGUUUGGCCUCUGGGCAACUACCUUCUGUCCUUGUUCCAUCUGAAAAAGGACUAAUCACGUGUUUCAUUUUUUGUUUUUCAUUGAUCAGAAACUGUGCUGUGGUGUUUACUUGUUGUUUACUGUACAUAGGACAUUGAUCUCCUGAGUAUUCCUGACACAUUUGUCAAUGACUACUCAAGCUUUUUUUUUUUUUUAAUUUUGGAUUCUUGUUCCCCUCAUCCGUGUCUUUUUUCCCUCCCUGCUUCUGCUGCCCUGUCCAUGGACUCCAGGGACGUCUUGUUAAAAUGUGCUCUAUUCUUUUGUACACUCUCUCCCCCCCUCCCCCCCGGUUAUAUUGUAAAGCGGAUCUUCUUCUCAACAGACUCAGAUUUCAGUGGACAUUACACGACUGUGUUUUGGGGGUUUCGGUGGGUGUUGGUGGGAGGGCUGGGACGCGAAUGUUUCUACUUUGUACAACGUUGGCCAAUUGUGUAUUUACUGUCUGUUCAUAGUAGAUUUAUAUAUAAAAAGAAAUGAGUAUAUUAUAUAUAUAUAUAUAUAUAUAUAUAUCUAUACACAAUACUAUGAUCUUGUUUUUGAAGUUGGUAUUGGGUCCCGCAUACAGUCGGCCUGUUUUUUAAGGUGUUACUAACGCCACCGUUUGCUGUACUUUGCUACCGUUACGUGUCGAGUAGCGUUUUCACUGGUCGUCUUUUUGUCUUUUGACACCGCUGACUAGUUUUUGGCUUAAUUCUUCCCGUUGGCACCGCAACACUGUUACAGUAGGUGUGAAGUUGACCUCCACACUAUUCCACACUUUCUUGCUUUAUGUGUGUAGAUGGUAUUGUGGACAAACCCCCCUUUUUCGUCUGACACUCCUAGAGUUUCAGUAAUUUCAGAAAAGUGUAAGUAAGAUAUAUCAAUAGCUGGGAUUUCAUAUCUCAAAAGAAUUAGCAAAGUGUUUAUAAUUUGUUCCCUUCUCUCUACAGCUGUACAGUUCCAUCCUCAAACAAGAGCAAGAAACGUGGGAUUUGAAUUUGAACACAGUCGUGCUCUUCCCCCACUACAUCAAAUUGCAACAAUGGGCCGCGAAAUGAUUCCACGUUAUCAUCGCUCAUUUGUUAUCGGGCCCAUCGGCACAUAUUUUAUUUUUGAACUGAACAUUCCUUUGAAUUCAUCCAGCUCAUGAGCGUAAAUCUCACUCAUCAGCUCAGUGGUGACUCUUGGCUUCUGGGUGGCCUGGUGGUCGGCAAAUGUCCCGUGUCCAAAAGAGCUUUCCCCUCUCACGGGACACCAGAACAAUUGCAUUCCUGGCUUCUAGGGCCUUUUCUCUGUCUCAAGAAAAAAAGUUCAAUUACAUUGUCAUAUACUGAUUGAGGUUUUCAAUUUCAAAUUCUCAAAUUCCCAAAACCAAACUUACAAAGUAAAGCGAAUGGGACUGAAUGUAUCUGACCUCUCCCGUCACAGUGACGCCGUCUCUUCCUGCAGAUGCACCUUUGAUGUCACGUGUCUCUAAAUCACCCUCCAUGGCUCCUGCAGAUGGCCAGAGAGGUCAAAGGUCACUUUGAAGCAUCUUCCACGUUGUACGUUUGCGAGAACAAAGGAAAAAUGUCUGGAACAUGCAUUGAAUUUAACGUCUUAAAGGAGGUGUUAGCCAAGAGAUGACUAAAGUUGUAUUUUGUAUGGUGUAGAAAUGCUUUACUUGUAGUAAAACUCAUAUUUUUCUCAUUUCUGAGACCGUCUGUUCUGAGGACCAUAUCCACGCGAUCAUUACACACUAUCAUGCUGUCCUGAAUCGCAUUUUUAUACGCUGACAUGUCGGAGCACAGUUGAUCAGACGGUAACCCAGCCCAGAACUUUCCCAGAACCGUUGCACAGCAGUGCCAGUCGCUGGUUAUUUCUCCUGCCGAAUGCUUUGCUUUCUCAAAAAAGGAGCCAAAACUAGCACGCUCGGGCCGACCGUCUUCUCUGUUAGUCUUAACACGAUGUCUAGUAACGAAAAGAAGGAGAAAAAAAAAAAAAGCUUCAGCGACAUUCCAUUUUGUUAUAAUUUCCAUUCAUCAGGAGGGGGCACGUCUCUUUGUUCUCGCCCUCGUAGUCCGGUCCAGUCCAACCAGGCCCAGGAACCGUCUGUUUAUUUAUGUGGCCUGGUUCGACGCCACUCCAUUCCUCUUCUCUCUCUGCAUGAUCCAUAUGUCUGCAUGCGACUGUCUACCUGUCUGUCUGUCUCUCUGUCUCUGUCUCGCACCACAUAUCAGCACAAGGGAUCUCGCACUGAAGGACGUUGGUACUGUCACUGUGUCCAAACUGUCUUCUCUCUUUUUACUGCUUCUGUGUUCCUGCUGGGGGGGGGGGGGGGGGUGUCCGGGCGCUCUCCGUGUUGUGCUUUCACUUAUUGUUGCAUUAUAUGGAAUCUUCAAACCUGAAAGACAUCCGUAGAAUAUUUUACACAAAAAAAAGUUUUAAAAUAAACAACAACAAAAAAAAAAACUGUAUCUAGCACUUGUAA